UUCCACAGUGCAUGCUGUUAUAAAAACUGAAAAUUGACAAAUGCAAGCAGACACACAGUCAGUGAUUCAACUAAACAGCAUCUUCAUCUUCAUCUCAUCAUGUCUACCAAACUGUGUCUACUAGCUCUGGUGCUAGUUGCAGCCACCAAUGUUAUCUCUCUGCCAGUGAAUGUUGGAAAACCUUCAGAUAAUGUGCAAAACAUGCUCCCUCUGGAAAAUGAGUACCUCAGAUACCUGUAUCAGACCAUUGAGGAUUCAGGAAGACAACCUAGUGCAAAUGGUGAGGUCAAUCUCCUUAGAGAAGAAACCCAACGUUUUGCAAACAUGGUCCAAUGUGUGGCUGAGAUCGACAAUGAAGACACUGAUGAGGUGACUGUCUCUGAAAGCAUUCGCCGCACAGUUUCCUACAACCUCAUCCACAACUUCAUCAGCAGCACUCAAAAACUGAUGGCGUUUCGAUUGGUCAUUCCUUCCUGUCCGUCUCCCUCUCUCUAUCAAGUGAACGUUUACACCACUACUGGCGCUGAAAACCCUGAAGAUUCGGGUUCAUCACGGGAGAAGUAUAUGGAUCUAAACGUUGAGAUACUCGAUCAGCUACCGUUUGAAGCAAAUACAAUGUAUCAACUUGUUCUCGAAGUUACGAGUCCAGAUGGGUCUAUGGAUGAUGAUGCCCUGGCCAAUAUCCUCAAGUCACUGAAACCAAUGAUGGUAGUAUACUCUUACGACAAUGAUCUACUCAAGAACUUAUUUCAAACCCCUGACACAAAAGUUUUGAAAAAACGAGACGUACAAGGUGUUUCACCCCCUACUGAAUCAACAGGACUCACGCUCGAAGAAAAGAAACAAGAGUUUUGCCAAGUGCAUACAGUUAACUUGACAUCUUUUUAUCCAUGGAUAUCGCCAAACUUCGAACUCCUAAACCCAGGUUUUGCUUCCAUGAGCUUUUGUUACGGCCAUUGCAAAAUAGAUGGACAAGAGGAAAAUGGCAAACGAAUUACUGAUCAUGCUAAGUUCGUUGGACGUAUGGACCCGCGACUGAUCCAAGCUGAAAUCAGUCCGUGCUGCAUACCCACAGGCUAUGCCAUGACAAACCUUGAGUUUAGACCGAGAAACAGUGGCAAUAUUAUAAUGACUGUUAUUUAUAACCAUGUGACGAGUUGCAAGUGUUAUUGAUGUGAACCAUUUUCAAUUAUAGACUUGAUCACCAAUUCAUUCUGUUACUCACCCUUGCAAUAAUUAUUCUUUUUAAUUGUGACUGCUGAAUUAAAGAAAGCCAAUUCUGUACAAUUAUUAUACGUGUUUCUAUAAAAACAGUCAAACAUUG